ACGCGCAGAACCGAUGACUCCGGUUGUUGCUCUGUAAAUUUGUAAAGAGACAGAAAAAGUGCGAGAGUGUUAUUCGGAAGCCGACAAUUUAUGUAUUUAUUUUAUGUAAUGUAUUAUCCGUGAAGUGAUCGUCCAAAAAUGAAUGGAAAAUAUGCUGUUGUAUCGAUUCGUAAUUGUAAACAAAAAUGUUGAUUAUCAAGCUAUUAACGUACACAAAUACUAUGAACAUGAAGUAUUCGGAAAAGCACAAAUAGAAUUCGUUACCGGGAAAACACAAAUUUCAUCCGGAGAAGGUAUUUUCCAUCUUUUAGUAGGGGUCUAGAAUAACAAAAAAUGAUGGAAGAAAAGAAGGGACCCAGAUUCGGGGGAUCGAAAGUAUCCGAAAUAGCGAACAUUUUCCAAGCAAUGACGCCUGCGCAAAGAGACGAAGUCUUAAAUUCGUCCAGAAAGAGAUACAGCAGCCACAAUUCCACUGAAAAAUUGGAAGCGGAAAGUACAAACAUAACCGUAAUGCGAACCGAAUCGCACGUAACGAGAUUCAACAACGCGCGGGCGUUGUUCGAAAAAUUGGGGGAGGAAAAUAAAAAAGACAGGGUGAUACCGCUACAGUCGACCAGGAGCGCUUCGAACAUACUGGAUGCGAGGUCCCGUAGCAGUUCCGCCAACAGCGAAACCAGGGAUACCCGAACACCUUCACCUCCGAAUAACAAAAAUUCGGAAAAACUCAACUUGUCGCCGAAGAAAACCAACGGCGUGUCCAAGGAGACCGAUAGACCGGCGCUGAUGAAAAAACCGGACAAACCCGAGAGAAAAUUCAACAGCAAGGAAUUGAUCGAACGCCAAAGGAACUGGACGUCGCAUUUUUCGAAAAACAGAAGCAGCAGGUACAACAGCGACCCAAAUAGGAGUGACGUGAGGUUAGCGGUGAGCAGCGAUAACGACAGAAUCGAAAAUAAGAAUACAGCGGCGACCAGAAGUGCUUCGUUCAGUAGCAGAUUGAAGAGUCCUCCGAUUUCCCCGCCGCCGCCCCCGGUCCGAACGGAGGCUUCCAGGAGGAAGGAUUUCGUACGAAAAGAAAGACCAGCUUCGGUGAUACCAACCACGACCGAUAUUUUUAUUAAAUCGCCGCCUAUCAGCCCGAUCAAAUCUCAAAGGACGAGUCUCGUUGUCGAACCCAAUAACGACGAACCCGAAGAAUUUUCCUCUAAUUUCGACCGGAAGGAUAAAUUAGUGAUCGAUAACGACGGUUUGUUGUUGGUUUCUCAAAAUGCGGCUGCAAAAUCCCCUUCGGAAGAUAAAGAAACGAGCAGGGACAAUUUAUCGGCUGCCUCUGGUAGUUUAUCUUCCCUAAGUCCCCCCAGUAGUCCCAGCAAAGUUAAAUCCGAACAAGAGAAACAGGAACAAGAAGGAAAUGAAAAAUCUUUUUUGGAAACUACGGAUUCUCAAAGGAUCGAUAAAAAGACUGAAGAACCAGUUAUAUCUAGACGAACGAAAGUUAGCAGUAUCUCUAUUAACAUUCCAGCAGCAGGUUUAGGAAGUCGACCUUCUUCUAUAAUAAGUACGACAACAUCCGACGAAGGCGGUUUUAACGAACCAUCUCCAAAAAUAGAAGCCAAAUUAAGACCCCACGAAGAAUUCCUGUACGAUUUUCCUAUAAACGAAGAUAAACCGUUAGAAUACACCGAUUCCCCGGAAGACGUUAGCGAAUAUCAAGAUUUAACUAUACACGAACCUUGCCAAAAGAAAUUGACGCCUGCGGAAAUCGAAGCUUUAUACGCCGUACCUCAUAAAAAACCUCAAAAUGCCGUUCCAAUCGAAAGUACUUUUUCCGACGAAGACGACGACGACGCUCCGCAUUACGCAGUACCGUACAGAUCUUUCGUUCCUCAACAAAAAUCCACCGAUUCGGAUUCGUCGCAGAUAACGAUACACAGCAGACCGCACAGCGUUAGUCAACAAAAAUCAACGACAUCCACCGAUUCGGACGCUUCCCAAGUGACUGUGAUACCUCAGAGGUCCAUCGAUUCCGACGUUAUGUACCACGACCAAUCCAAAACGGCGACUCAAUCAGUAUUAACGCAACUGGAUUCCCAAGAUAGUUUCGAUAGUAAACCGGUUAGGUUAAGUUGGGACGAAUCGGUUAGUGUCGAUACCAAAAAAUCAGAACCGUUUUUGUUGGUUCGCGAGGUGUUGCCACCGUGUGAUAGGACGACUGUGAGGACGCAGAUUGUUCAAAAAGCCGAGGCGAAUAUUUUGGAUUUGAACGACGUCGAAUACGCCGACGCCAGCGACCAAGAGAACAGUAUCGGAGAAGAAAACGUACCAGAACCUGACGCCAUGACACCGGACGAAGCCGAUAAUUUACUUAGCAGCAAAGCUCAACUUCUUUCGGACGAAGAAGCACAAGAAGUAACAAGACUGUUAAAUUCCAAAGAUGUCAAAUCCGCUAACAAAUGGUCGCCGAACGCGACCAGUUCCUUCCUUCAAGAUUCCAUCACUGGAUCAGUUCAAGAUUCAUCAGGACCGGUAUCGUUAAACGACAGCGUCGGUCCCCCUUCACUACAAGACGAUAUCAUUAACGAUUUUUCCAUUGAACAGAAUCAAUCUACAGACUUAAAUAAAACUAUCAACAAAAGCAAAUGUGUGGAACCUUUAUCCCAAUAUUACGAAUCCAGCGAGAGUUUGGUUUCCGCACAGGAUGAUGAGGAACCAUCCAAACAUGAUACUAGUGUUUCGGCUACUGAUUCAGGACUGAUAGAUUCGGUGACGAGUUUAUCGGAAGGUAACCAUUUAGAAAAAACCGAAGAAGAUUUCGUACCGAAACCGAUCGGCAUCGUGGGCGUCGAACACGGCGUCCAUUAUUACGAAGACGGUCAUUUUUGGAUGGAAGUACCCGGCCUACCGCCGGAAGAAGACGACGACGACGACGACGAAGACGAACUAGAAUUUCCGGAAUAUGCGCCGAAAACGAGCAAAGUGAAAUUUUCCAAAGAGCCCAUGAAGGUGUAUUCGACGUUCAGUAUAUCCGAUUACGAUCGCAAAAACGAGGACGUAGAUCCCGUAGCCGCUUCCGCCGAAUACGAACUAGAAAAGCGCGUCGAGAAGAUGGACGUGUUUCCGGUGGAAUUGGUGAAAGGAUCCGAAGGAUUAGGAUUGAGUAUCAUAGGAAUGGGCGUCGGAGCCGACGCCGGACUAGAAAAAUUAGGUAUUUUCGUGAAAACGAUUACGGCCAACGGGGCCGCGGCCAAAGACGGCAGGAUCAAAGUUAACGAUCAAAUCAUCGAAGUAGACGGUAAAAGUCUGGUAGGCGUGACUCAAGCUUACGCCGCCAGCGUUCUACGCAACACUUCCGGUUUGGUAAAGUUCAAUAUAGGCAGAGAAAGGGAUCCGGAAAAUAGCGAAGUCGCUCAACUCAUCAAACAAUCUUUGCAGGCCGAUAAGGAACGCGAAGAGAGACGGCAGAGGAUGUUGGAGGAACAGCAGCAACACAGCGAAGCCAGUACCGUUCAACUUACAGGUUCGGCCAAUACGAGCGUUAGCGAUGGCCCUACAAGCCCUAUUGUUAAUCAAGAGGGUCUGUUCGAUCACGAACAGGAUAAUGUCGAUUCCCUCAGAACUCUAUUGAUCGAACUGAUGGAGCAGAAUGGAGUGAAGCCGGACGAUUCGGAAAAAAUCGAACAAGCCGCCCAAAAAUUAAAAGAAACCGAACGGAGUCUGUUGACGGCCAAAAAGGAAAUCCAGACCUACCAGAACAUGUUGGAGCAAUCCCAGACCCAAUACCAAGUGCUCGAAAAGAAAUACAACAGAGCCAAACAUUUAGUAAAAGAAUUCCAACAGAGGGAGCUCGACAUGCUGCACAGGGAAGAUUUCUACCAACAGGUGUUGCAAGAAAAAGACACCGAAUACAAUUCGUUGGUGAAAAGUUUGAAAGAUAGAGUUAUAGCUCUCGAACAAGAGCUAUUGGAUACUCAAAGGAAAGCCGGCUUACCUAUGACGCUACCGUACGAUAAUAUCAACGUGAAACAAUUAACGCCCCAAAUGUCGCGCAGACAACCGCCCAAACCUCUAUUCAAAUCCCUCCGACCGGACUUUUCGGAUACGGAAAUGUCGGACGCCAGUCCGGACGACGAUAAAACCGCCACCGUCGAAAGGAAAUUACCGAUCAAAGAGGAAUUCGAUCGAGCGGUACCGCCGCACGAAUUACUCGACAUAUCGGCGAGUAAAAGUAAAGCGGAACUCGCCAAUAGGGGAGCGCUAGCUAAUAGGCAAUUGCCGAGCGUCAAAAAAGGUUCGUUGAGCAACAGUAGUUCGGAUUACGGUUUGGACGAAAGUUACAAUUCCUCCGACGAAGUAACCGAUUCGGUGUUCGCUUCUAACGACGUCAAACAAUUGAAAUCGUCGAAUACGACGCGUCCGACGUCGUUUACCAGCGCUACGCAACAGUACGUUCAAUCGCAAUACGUAACGGCGCAACAGAAGAAUCAAAAUGGCGCGCACUACGCCGUUCAAUAUACGCAAGUACAAAAAACGAAUCAAUACGUUAUGAAUCAAAACGCGUCGACCAAUCAAGCUCACGGCGGCGUGGUAUACGCCAGUAUCCAAAAAGAACCCAGUCCGGAUCCGUGGCACGACAACAGAACCAACAAUAUGGCGGCGGUUUGUCCGCCGCCCAGUUUGGCCGAACAACUAAAACAGGUGUUGGCGGAAAGGGAAAAGAGACUCGGCGGCGAUAGCGCGACUAGUUCGACGGAUGAACUCAACGAUAGAUCGAAAGAUGAUCCGGCGCAUCAUCUGUUGGAAGAGAUUCGACAGGCGGUGAACGAGGCCAAUUCUAAAGUAAAGAAAGUUGUUCCCGUUACGUUAUCGCCCCCAGGUAGCGCCCCUUGGCAACCUCAGACUCAGAAUACGUCGCCGACUCCGCCGUCACCGUCUAGUCUGUCGUCCGGUUCGGUGUCGCCUUCGAGACACGAUUCCUCUUGGGUAAACACCGAUCUCAGUUUAUCUUCUUGUAGUAUAGCGAGCGAUAAAAGAGGGCAGCACUACUGGCAAUCCACCCCGAUACUCGAUUGGUCCAAGGAUCAAGUGUGCGGUUGGUUGAUGGCGAUCGGUAUGGAACAGCACGUUUCGAAAUUUGCCGAAUUGCAAGUUAACGGAAGCGCGUUGUUGCUAUUGAGAUCGGCGGAUUUCAAAAUUUUGGGUAUAACCAGCGACGACAAAAGUAGAUUGAAACGUAAAAUCAAAGAACUCAAAUUGCAAGCCGAAAAGGAGAGGAAACAAGUGGAACGCGACCGAAAAGAAAAGGAAAAAUUGCAGAAGAAGGCCGAAAAAGCAAAUAAGAAAAAAUAAUUCGUAAUUCGUUAAAGAAUUUGGUUGAUAUCGAGGUAUCAAUAGUGCCAUAAAUUCGAUCGUGGUGAUUUGACGAUCGAGUAUUCGAAUCGAGUAACAAACAGUAUUCUCGUUACGACAUUUUUAAUACCGUACCAUUUUUUCCGAACAUUUUUCGAUUCCCCCUCGUAUAUACGCAUUUUUCAACAGAAUUGCGACAAUAAUCUAUAUCUACUUUUCGUUUUCAUUUAUUAAAAAAAAGAAAAGAAUUGAAAAUAGGAAAUAAUUAUUUCUAUUCCGUAAAAGUAGUUCCGAUACACCCUGUAUGAUAAAAAAUAUAUAAGACACACACAUAUAUACAUAGAUAUUCGAUUUACAGCAUUUUUUUUCGAAAAAUUCAAACGUAGAAUCAUUUUUUUUUUGAUAUUUCAUUAUAAAUACAGGGAGGAAAAUAAAAUACGAGUAAAAUUUAUACAGUGUGUUUAUAUAUGUGGGUAACUUUCUUAUAAUCAAGUUUUAUAAAAAAAGUUAUUCUUCAUAAAAUGUUCUGCAUGAUUUAAAAUUUGGAAUUCAGUUAUCAAGUAUUAAAAUUUAGUAGUCGUAUACGAGGUUUGUUCGAAAAUAUGGUUUGUUUUUAACAAAAUUGAAAUUUGUUUGGAAAAAAAUUUUUAGAAUCGAAGUUUACUCUCAAAUAUUUGUUAUUUAUUUUGAAAACUAUUCAAUACGACAUUUUCUCUACGGAAUUUGAGUUUGGAAGAUUCGUUUAAUUAAUUUUGGGAUGCCUUGGACUUUAUUAGCACCAAGUAAACACCUUUUUUAGAAAUUCCCUCGUAAUUUUUAGGAAAAUGUUGAAAAUAUCACAGGAAUGAAGAUUUGAGGAAAAAAAUGUACCAGCAGAUAACGUGAAUACGUUGAAAAUUUGAAAACAGAAGUUUUCCUGGAAAUUCUUGACCUGCAUGGUUGCCGGAUUUAAUCCCAGUCGAUUUUUUUUGUGGAAAUAUCUAAAGAAAGUGGUAAUUUCGAAAAAAAUAUGUUUUUACUAUUGAUAAACAACAUUUGGGAAUUAAUUUUUUUUUAAUAAUUCGAUUUUUUUGUUUUUUGAACAAAAAUAAGAUUUUUUCUGCGAACCUCGUAUAUAAUUUCUUCAUUUUGAUAUGUGUCGAUUAUAUUUAAAGUUUUGGAUCAUGUAGAACAAAUUCUAUGAUUUUUCAUAGAUUUCUAUUAAUCGACUUAUUAUUUUUCGACAAACCUCGUACACGAUUUUUCAAAAAAAUUUAACUGAUAAUUUUUUAUACCAAUUUUGUGAAAUUUGCGCCUAUUUAACUGGAAAUUUUUUCCAAAUUAAUAAUAACAAACAAAAAUCGCAUUUUUAUACAAAGGUAGGUCAAAAAAUGACUGAACUUGACUGGAAAUUAGAAAAACUGCGUUAUUUAGUUAAUGUUGGGCAGUUAUCGGUACAAACACAUUUUGGGGCGGUCAUUAAAUAUCAUUUUCAGAAAAAUCAUUCUAAAAAACAAAAUUAAACUUGAUUCGCAUGAUAGUAAGUUUGCACUUUUUAGUUUUACCCUGUAAAUGUUAAAGUAUGACUUUUGUUGUAGAUCAAAUUUAAAUACUUUCACAAAAUAAACCGUUUUUCAUAGAAUUAAUCAUUUUUCUUUUUGGAAAUUCCACCAAAAACGUCAAAUUAUACAAAAAAGAUAUAAAUAUUUUUCGAUAAACCUCGUAUACGACCAAAAAAAAAUUAUAUUUGUUAAUUUUGUAUAGAAUUCCAUUUUUUUUUUCUAGAAACUUUUUUUCUAAUACAAAUAAAAAAAUUCUCAUUACGCGCUCAUUAUUAUACAGAGGUAGAUCAAAAAGUUUGUGAUUUUCUGGUUGUGUGACUGCGUUUUUCAGUUUAUGUUGGGCAGUGAUUGGUACAAAUACAUUUUGGGUGAUCAUUUAAUAUCAUUUUUAGGAAAAAUCGUUACUAAAACCAAUAUUAGACUUGAUUAAUUUAAUGGAAAGUUGGCAUCUUUCAAUUUCACCCUGUAAAUAUCAAAAUACGUUUUUGAAUUUUUUAAAAAAUAAUUAUUAGCUGUUUUUUUACAAAUUAUAUCAUUUUUGAAAGAUUUAAUUAUUUUCUUAUUAAAAAUUUCGCUAAAACAUCACAGAAUACAAGAAAGGUAUGAAAAUUUUUCUACAAACCUCGUAUACAAAAAAAAAAAUUUUGUGUAGAAUUCCAUAAAAUUCGCAUUUAUUCAACCAGAAUUUUUUUUUAGGGUAUUGACGAAAAAAAUUCGCAAUAAUAGUUUAUAUUUUAUACAGGGGUAGGUCAAAAAGUUCGUAACUAAAAAAGUUAUUCAGUUAUUUUGAGCAGUGAUUGGUACAAAUACAUUUCGGGGUGGUCAUUAAAUGUAAUUUUAACUAAAAUUAUCAUCCGAAAAAUGGAAAAUUUCCAAUGUUAAUAUUUCAAACUACCUAUAGUUUUACCCUGUAAAUAUUAAAAUACGUUUUUGAAUUUUUUUAAAAAUCAUUAUUAGCUGUUUUUUUACACAUUAUAUCAUUUUUGAAAAAUUUAAUCAUCUUCUUUUUGAAAAUUUCACUAAAACAUCAAAGAAUACAAGAAAGAUAUGAAAAUUUUUCGACAAACCUCGUAUAUGACCAAAAUAAUUUUAUAAUUUUGUAUAGAAUUUCAUAAAAUUCGCAUUUUUUCAACCAGAAAUUUUUUUUAGGGUAUUGACGAAAAAAAUUCGCAAUAAUAGUUUAUAUUUUAUACAGGGGUAGGUCAAAAAGUUCGUAACUAAAAAAGAGUUAUUCAGUUAUUUUGAGCAGUGAUUGGUACAAAUACAUUUCGGGGUGGUCAUUAAAUGUAAUUUUAGCUAAAAUUAUCAUUCGAAAAAUGGAAAAUGGAAAAUUUCCAACGUUAAUAUUUCAAACCACUUAUAGUUUUACCAUGUAAAUAUUAAAAUAACGACGUUUCUGAUUCGUUAUGAAUCAUCUUUGGUGUCAUUUACAAAAUACGCAGUUUUUUAUAGAUUUAAAUAAACACCCUGUAUAUAUUUUCGCGCUUUUAUCUACGAGGGUUUUUAUUUAAACAAAAAAUCCCUUCCGGACUAAAUAUUUUCUUUUAUGCACAGUUUUUAUUAUAAUUAAUUUCCAUAUAUCAUUUAAUGUACCCCCCCCCAUUCCCCCCUCAUUUCCCCCCAUUUUUCUUGUGUUUAUUUGCUUCCAAUUUUUCUAUUUUUAAACAAAAAUAAUUCGAAUACUGUUUGUUAACGAAUUUAAUUUCCCAACAACCAUUUUCAUAUCGCUCGUCAUACCACCCCGAUAUAUACAGAGUGUUCAAUGAAGAGAGUGCCAGAGUAUGUAAUUUUAAUCGUUCCUCGACCUAAGUCACAAUAAAAAAUAAAAAAAAAAUCACCUCCUUAUAAAAUGUGCUCGUUUUAGUAUAGUCAACGUAUACAGUGUGUCCCAUCUAUUAUAACAAAUAGUCAAUAUCAAAAAUUUUUUUCUCGCGCACUAAAACGGCAUCACACUGUAUAAACUGUAUAUAAAAAUAAAUAUGAAUUGGAACGAAAUGUUUGUCGGCUAGAUUACGAGAGUUUUAGUGGUGGGAUAGUGGCAAUAAAACAUCGAAAGUGUACUAACUCUAAUAUACCUUCGAACUCGGAGGUAUAUUAGAGUUGGUACACUUUUUUAAAUUCUGCCAUUACAAAAACUAUUAUAUAUAUAUAUAUAUAUAUAAAUAUAUAUUUGAAGUGUGUAUGUUUUAGAAACAAAAUGUUUUUUGAAGUUCCUUCUAUUUUAUUCCGAUAAUUGUAACGUACGAGGUACGGUUAUUAAAUAAAUGAACGUUGGUUGUGGUUACGGCUAUACUGAUUUGUAUUAACACCAAAUAUUUCUCGCUUACUCAUUAUUUAUACGUCCACUCUAAUUUGCACUUAACUAUUCACUAAAUUAUUCCAAUUGCUAAUUCCAAAACGUAUUAAUUUAUUUAAACACACUGUUUAUUUGUUUUUUAGCCGCCGAACGAGCGAGUAUUUACACGAAAAAGAAUUUCUCGAUAAUUCGGUUCUAGAAAGCGAACAAAUAAAUUUUCGAACAGGACCGGUUUCGCGGAUCAUGUCGUGGACGAGUUGGUAAUAUUAUUUAAUAACUGUACCUCGUAUUAUUUGCUUCUUUUUGUACAAAGUCUGACGGCUAAUAGCGCGAUAAUAAAAUAUGUAAAUUGGAAAUUUCUAAUCGUAUCUUGUCUAAAUAAUAAAAAAAUUUUUUUUGAAACAUUUUUUUGUGUUUAAAGAACUACCGGAUGCGCACAAAUCUUUCCGGAUAAUAUUUUUUUUUGAUAUAUUUCCGUAUUGACGUUUUUGAUUAUUUAGUAAAUUAACCUCGAACCGUUAUAAACUUAAAUUUUUCCGUUACACACUGUAUAUAUUUAGAAAUUUCCGAAAAAUAACCGUUACGUUCAUAUCAGCGCCAUUUUUUAUUCUGUUUUAAGUUAGGUUAAGUUUUAAUUUAUUCUCAUUUUUUUUUCCAAGUAUUUUAUUGAGAGAAUUUUAAUACUAACGUUGUGAUAAUCACUUUUUUUGUAAUUUUAAAUUUUGUUUAUUCUUUUUUUGUAUCUUCGGUUCUUAAAUUUUCAUGACUGCUUCGCUGUAGUUGUACAUCCAUUUUGUUUUAGCUGGAUAUUUAACAAGCCAACGUUCCAUUACAUUAUCUAACCAAUCAGAAGAUUCGGACAGAUUGUUGUAGUUACUUUUCAUUUUCUUCAAUUUCCAGCACUGAUGACAUAUGUCAACAUUUGAUGUCUGUCAAAACUUGAUUACAGUCUAUGUUAUUAAUUUAGGAACCAAAUUGAUACGAGUUUUUUUAUUCAAUUUGGUUAUGUGAUCAUUGUAAAAUAUAAAAUAUGUUAAUUUAUUAUUUUUUUAUUUGCUUUUAUUUUAUAUUUUAUUAUUUUUGAUUAGUCUGCAAUAAUUUUAUCGAUAUUAAAAUAAUUGGCAGCUUUUACUCUCCAAACUUCUUUUCUUAUAAUUUAUUGUACAUAUUUUUCUAUCAUUUACCUUCAUAUUUAUAAAAAAAAAUAAUCUCAAUGUAUUUCUGCAAUAUAUAUACGAGGACAAGGUAAAAAGUUUCUCACUCGGCAACUAUAACACCCAAUUUCCAUUUCCAUUUAUUCAAAUAUAUCCGAAUAACAAUCAACGAACCCUCGUAUGUAAAUUUAAUUCUACGACACACAUCUACAAAUACGUUACAAUCCAGUUUUUACAUUAAAAACAAUAAACGUAGCGUUUAUAACGAAUUUUCUAUUAAUUUACUUUUUUUUUGUAAAACUAAUUAUAUACUUAGCAACAGAAACAAAAACUUCUAUUAUCUAAUUGAUCAAUUGGAAUGUUGAGAACUUCUCAAGUGAUUAUGUCAAUAGAUAUGCCUGUUCUGGAACGGAAAUGACGUAACGAGUAGAGGAGGUGCCCGCCAUUUUGUUGAAUGUCAACGUCAAAAGCCCAAUGUCUUGUUACGUAUUUCGGUCCCCUUUAUUGCGGAAAUAUGAUUUUUAAAAUGUCGCAAAUAUAAAUUGACUCAUUUAAUUUAUUGUCUGUCUACUUUAAGAAUUGAUCAAAAAUUUGUAUACAAAAAUAUCUUAUCUAUUACCUACUCUGUAAUAUUGUAUAAUGAUCAAAAAGGACAAAUAAAAUAGAUAAAAUGUU